AUGCGGUCGAAGAGUGAAACAUGUGAAAAAUUGUGUGAAUUUUUUUAUUAUUGGUUAGGAGAUAAAUUAUCUAGCAAAUGGAUCUGGAAAACUACACUUCAAAGUACUAUGGAGGAAAUCUACACUAAAUUGGGCGCUUCCACAGACUCAUGUAAUUAUAUAAGUAUGGACAAUAGUGUUGACCAUGACAUUUUCCCUCAAAGAAAAAUAAUAUUCGAUUAUUGGCACGACUAUAAAACAAUCAUACAAAAAUUAAGUCGUUCUAAAGAGUCCUGUUCUGGGAAAUAUGAUGAAUACCUCCAAAAAGCUAUUACAGCUUAUGGAAUGGUGGAUGCAAACUGUGGGAAGAACAUUACAGAUGACUUCUGUACCGAAUUCAGGAAAAAAUUCAAACAAAAUGGUGACAACAAUAAAAAUAUUCCAGAACCAUCGAAAUUGGCAUCUACAGAAGUGCCUGAAGGGGACCUCCCAUCCGACGACGAAGGGGACGAAGCAAAUUACACUUCCAUACCAGCUUUGUUACGUACACAAUUUGGAAGGAAUAAAACAGGAAGGGGGAAAAGGUCCAUUAGAGGAGAAUUCGACACAUUCACCGAAGGUGCCUCAACGUUCGAUUCAAGCGAAUACUCAACAGUAGCUACAACAGAAUCUACAACAGAUGGAGAAUCUACCAUAUAUAAUGGUAAACGACCACCACUUAGAAGAACAGGAAAAGGAAGAACAAAUACGGCACCAAAUCGCCGAAAUAAUAUUGGUUAUGGUCGUAUAUAA